GGCCGGCACGGCCCACGCCUCCGGAGCGGCUCGGUGCGGCGGCGGCACGCUGAGGGGGCGUCGCCGCCGCUGGCCCCCGGCGCCACGGGAGGCCGCGCCCGCCAUGGCGGCCCGGGUGGUGCUGGACGAGUUCACGGCGCCCGCCGAGAAGGCGGCGCUGCUGGAGCGGAGCCGCGGCCGCAUCGAGGCUCUGUUCGGCGUGAGCCUGGCGGUGCUCGGCGCCCUCGGGGCGGAGGAGCCGCUGCCCGCGCGCAUCUGGCUGCAGCUCCGCGGCGCGCAGGAGGCGGUGCACAGCGCCAAGGAGUAUAUCAAAGGGAUCUGUGAGCCUGAACUGGAAGAAAGAGAAUGCUACCCCAAGGCCAUGCACUGCAUUUUUGUAGGGGCACAGAGCCUAUUUUUAAAGAGCCUCAUUCAGGAUACUUGUGCUGACCUCUGCAUUUUAGAUACGGGGCUUCUUGGCAUUAGAGGAAGUGCUGAGGCUGUGGUCAUGGCCAGGAGUCAUAUUCAGCAGUUUGUGAAGCUCUUUGAGAAUAAUGAGAACCUGCCCAGUAGUCAGAGAGAGUCGGAGAUCAAACGGGAAUUCAGACAGUUUGUUGAAGCCCAUGCAGACAAUUAUACAAUGGAUUUGCUGAUUUUGCCUACUUCCUUGAAGAAAGAACUACUGAGUCUCACACGAGGUGAAGAGAAUCUGUUUGAAACAGAAGAUGAUGAAGUCAUUAAAAUUGGAGAGAUGCGGCCACCGGAGUUGACGCAGAAUGCUGCCACAGGACCGAGUAUUGCUAGAGAUGAAGUUGUUUUACAGGAAGAUCCCAGGAGUGAAGCUAGGACCCCUGUUUCUGAGCUUACAAAACAAAUGGACACAGUCUUGUCUAGCUCUCCAGAUGUGCUCUUUGUUCCAGUAAAUGGUCUAAGUCCAGAUGAAGACGCACUUUCCGAAGACAGGGUUUGUCACAAGAGGAGGUCUUCUGAUACAGAAGAAAGGCAUACCAAGAAGCAGUUUUCCUUAGAGAAUGUUCUAGAAGGGGAGCUUUUGCAUGAUGGUAAAGCAUCAGCUGGAAAUGAAGUCAUUGACCUGUGUGAUGCUGCUUCUAACUCUACAAAUCUAAGCCCCGAUGGAAAAGACACUACAGAAGAAAUGGAAUACAACAUCCUUGUAAACUUCUUUAAAACCAUGGGCUAUUCCCAAGAGAUUGUUGAAAAGGUCAUUAGGGAGUACGGGCCUUCUACAGAACCAUUAUUGCUCUUAGAGGAAAUUGAAAAGGAGAACAAAAGGCCCCAAGAAGACAGAGCAUUUCCACCUUGCACUGUGCAUCCAGAUGCCGGGCAGAGCAGAAGUGCGGGUGUUGGGAGCAGCACACAUGAGCUCACAACAGAGUCUACUCCAAAGAAAACACAGAGUCACACAGAGCAAGAUAUAGUGGAAAGAUUUUCCCAGUUACCGUUCAAAGACCCUAAACCGUGUACCUCAAAUUGCAGAAUUAAUUCUUUCAGAACAGUGCCAGUAGGACAGAAACAUGAAAUGUGGGGCUCAAACCAGAACUACACUUGUAAUGUAGACCUUGAGACUGAUGGCCUCUCACCCUCUGCUGCCUCUUCCAGUCCUAAAGAAGUCAGCUUCAUUUCGAGGGGAGCUGCAGGUCACCAACAGAGAAGCCCAGCUUUUCCUGAAAAUGGUCUUCAGCAGCAAGCAGAACCCUUGCUUCCAAAUAAUAUGAAGUCUGCCUGUGAAAAACGUUCUGGCUGUUGUAGCUCUCCUCAGCCUAAGCCAAAUUAUCCCCCGCUUUCCCCACCGAUGCCGCUGCCCCAGCUGUUACCUUCAGUUACUGAUACACGGUUGGCAGGAUCCUCUGAUCAUAUCGAUUCCUCAGUUACGGGUGUUCAAAGAUUUCGAGAUACCCUAAAAAUACCAUACAAGCUGGAGUUAAAAAAUGAACCAGGGAGAGCAGAUUUGAAGCAUAUUGUUAUAGAUGGGAGUAAUGUUGCAAUUACCCAUGGUCUGAAAAAGUUCUUUAGCUGCCGUGGAAUAGCGAUUGCAGUUGAGUAUUUUUGGAAGCUUGGCAACAGAAAUAUCACUGUGUUUGUCCCACAGUGGAGAACAAGGCGAGAUCCUAAUGUCACAGAACAGCACUUCUUAACCCAGCUCCAGGAGCUUGGAAUAUUAUCUUUAACUCCUGCCCGGAUGGUCUUUGGAGAAAGAAUUGCUUCUCAUGAUGACAGGUUCCUACUACACCUAGCGGACAAGACUGGGGGUAUAAUUGUAACAAAUGAUAACUUCAGAGAGUUUGUGACUGAGUCAGUGUCCUGGAGAGAAAUUAUUACAAGGAGACUGCUUCAGUACACGUUCGUGGGGGACAUAUUUAUGGUUCCUGACGACCCUCUGGGGAGAAACGGACCUCGGCUAGAAGAAUUUCUUCGCAAGGAGGGCUUUCUUAGAGACAUGCAGCCACUACUCAAUGCCCUGCCAAAUGUGGACACGUUUGACCCUGGCUUCCGGAGCCCCAACACCCAGGUAGUCAACACCAGCCACCAGCCUCCUUCCCGCAACCAGGGAGCCUCUUCAAGCUCUUGGCUUCCUCAGCAGCCCCACUUCACACCCCUGGCCACCCUUCCCAGUAUACAGCAGAACCUUCUCAUGCCAGCACAGAGAUCUUCUGCGGAGACCAGCGAGCUGAGGGAGGCCCUGCUGAAGAUCUUCCCUGACUCUGAGCAAAAACUGAAGAUCGACCAGAUCCUGAUAGCUCAUCCCUACAUGAAAGACCUGAAUGCCCUUUCUGCCCUCGUAUUGGACUGAAGGCUGGGCUGAGAGCCCACUGAUGCUGGGGGCCAGAGGGAGCUGCCAACUCUGGGAACUACCAUAGUGGGAAGAACCUUCCCAGAGUGAACAUUGCUGUGCUGGAUAGGAAAAGGAGGAAGGAAGAUGUUUUAUGUAUACAAAAAUCUGGAUUUUCAAAGCCAGCUUUUUUCUAUAUAUAAAUUAUGCUGCUAUUACAGAUUUAACAUUUUCUGUAAAGGAAAGUACAUUUUCUGCCUGUUCAGAACUGUUUCAUAGCAGUUACUCUUGAGUGUAUUUACAAUUUUAUGUUUUUUAAACUAUUUUCCUUAAAGCUGAAGAAAAAUUGACAAAUGAAUAUGGUUAGCCUUUCUAAAUAAAAUUAAAAAAGAAAAAAAAAAAAGGAGUUGCUUCCUUAAGGAAAGCAAGACCUCUUAAAGUAUAUUUUCUUGAGGUGAUCUGUCCUGUCCACUCACAUGGUGUGUGCACCCCUGCCUUCCUCCUUGGAGUUGGCCUGCUUUAUUCUUGUGGGUCUUCUCAGCAGGCCACUGUGAGAGUAGAGAAGUGGAGCCACCAGAUGGCACUUGUGCCUGACUGUAAUCAGUGACAAGACAAAGACUCAGAAGAGCAGGGUGAGACAUCUCAGAGUCCAUUCAGCCCCAUCUUCUUCCCCUCCGCUGGACAGAGAAGGGAACUGAGUCCCAGCAUACUCCCUGACUGGCCUAGCUCCUUAAUGCACUCACCAGCCAAGGCCGCCAUGCUCCCACCCUGACUCCAUAGCUACCGUAGCCUCAGAAGGUGAGGUAGGAUUGGAGAUUCUGGUGUGGAAUCCCUUACUGUGGCCAGCAUGAGUCCCCAGCCCACAGGUAUGGGAAAGACCCCAUGUGGAGUUUGUACAGCUUUGCCAAAAAGUUUUCUAUUCUCAAGGAUGACCCAAGCCAAUUAAUAGCAUUAGUAGUUUCAGAAGGGGUCUCAAAGCCCUGCUAGCUCCCUCUUUUGUCUUUCUAGAGGUCUCUCAGCAGCUCUUCCUGAGUCUUUCAGAACCAGUUACUACUCAGUAUUGUCUCUUCUCAAUGUGGCUUGAACUCAGUGUCUGAGAAACCUUUCCUGGUCCUUCUUAGCAUCUUGACUCUGACCUAGACCUUUAAAGGGCUUUGUGUUUUCCAUCCGUGCUGUCUCCCGGCCCUCAUGGUCACCCCGCUGCCCUGUAGAUUGUGUCUUUCUCCUGGUCCCACAAUAGUAACCAAGGACUUGGUGCUGGUUUGUUCUCCAUGGUGCAGGGACUGUGUAGAUCACAGGAUGCUGUCACCAUGUGUGUAUCUUGGUUUCAUUUGAUCCUUGCAUCCCUCAGGAGAUGAACACAGAGCUUUCUAGGUGGCCACACACUUAUACUUCAGUCAUGUUCUCCGGAAUUCGUUGAUGAUACAACCUGCUGGGGAGCUGUGUAUCAUCUGUCACUUGGGGGUUUGAGACCUGCAGCCUGUGUAAGUAGAAAACAAAGACUUUUGGCAAGGUCCAAGGGUAGACCCACCACAGCCCCCCACCCUGUGCCCUAGCUUCGGAGCAUAGCAAAGGUGCCAAGGUGGAGCUGUCCCCAGGGCCUCCUGGUCUACUCAGUCCUGGUCCAGCAUUCCUGGGAACCAGGAGAGCUGGGGUGCUCCGCAGGUGCCUCAUCCUGAUGCUGGCAGGGAGGAGCACGGGCUUUCCUCAGCUCCACAGGCAGUCUGACUUCGAGUUGUGUGAGCCUCUGUGUUCUUAGUAUUGUUUCUGAGAUACCUACCCAUUUCCCCUUCCUCCAUAUAGGAGGGAAGAAGAAGUUGGAGGAAACCGAGAGGCAUUAAUUACUUUGUAGAUUAUAAUGUGAAUAUAAUUCUAGAUUCUUUGUGAAGUCCAUCACAUUUAGGUGUAGCAUUUAAAGCCCAGUUAUCUAGCCACUGAAGGAAGCUCACAACCUGCUUCUCUGCCUCAUCCCAAGCUCUGUUGCGCUAGGUGCUUGUAGAUGCUCAACCUCUAUCCCUCAGUGCCUCCACAGUGAACUUGGGAGUGUCUUGGCGUUCCUCCCUAUGUGGAGUGCCUCUGCCUCCUGUGUAUCCUGACAUUUGGAUGAGGUGGUCAGCGUAGCUGAGGCUGAUAAUUUUGGUCAUUGGUUAAGGUGUCUGAUGCUUACAGAGGUUGAAAGGAUAAGUAGCUAGUGUAGCUGAUGAACUUACAGUCUCUGUACACGUGCAUGCAUGCACGCGUGCAUGUGUGUGUUGCCGUAGCUGUCCUGGUCCAGUGUGGUGGCAGCAUUGUUACUGGGUCUUGCUGUGAGACAGGAUGAAGUUGUGUCUGUAUAGGUUUGUGAAUGUGUAAGAAAAGAGGACUCCACCCCUUCUUGCCACUGCCAAGUACCUAGCCCCUCCCCCGGUAGGAGCAACUGUGCAGACCCUGUGCCCUCUGCACCAGGCUCAGCCAGGGCCUAGCCUGCCUCCCUAUCUCUUCCAGUGCUGCCCCAUGCUCACCUUCUGAGCCAUCUCAGCUGGGUCCGUCAGUUGCACUGGUCACUGGCAUUACCGCCGCCCUCUAGUCCCCACCCAGUACCUUUGAUUCUGAUGAUAAAACACCCUGCAUUUUGUUGGUAAUGCUUCACUCUGCCUUCCCACUUUUCCACUCCCCGGUUUGCAGACUUGGCUUCUGUCCACCACGUGAGAGUGGCCUAGAAAUCACUGGUUGCUGUUUCAUUGCUAAUGUAGUAGCUACAGACAGUGAGGCCAUUGGCCUUGUUUCUUCCGUUUUCCUUCUUCAUUCCUUUCUUCUUGAAGGCCAGUCCUUCAUACAGUUUCUCAACCAGUGGUUCUCAAACUGGGCCACCCUUAGACUCACAGUGGAAAGGGCAGCCCUUGCUAAGGUGCAGGUUACCCAGCAGCACCCUGAGGUGUGGACUCUGCUCUAGAGGAAAGCCCGGGGGCUUGUCACUUCCGCACACCCUGAGUGGCUCCCAGUUGGUGGUCUGGAACUGCAUUUUCAGAAGCUGCGCUUCUAGGAGUCACCACUCUUCCCUAAUGCCACCAUCCGCUGUGGUGACACUCUCCUGUCACUAGCCCUGUGGGAUCUUGACUCUCAGAACCUCGGCCUCCAUUCUGUCAUUUUCUCUCACCUAUCCCUGAGAGGUCCCUUAUAGCCCUCGUGGCCCUUGGCUUGCUACUGCCCACCAACUUCCCACCAUCCCCCAUGACACUGGUCCCUCAUUGGUCCCUCAACACUAGGCCACUUUACAGCUCUCCCCUCUCCCAGACUCCACAGGGCUCCAAGUUCAUCUAGAAGACCAUUUUACGUCAUCCUCUUCCUCUUCAGUCAUCUACAGCUGCGACCAGAACGCCAGUUCCUACCCUCUGAGCCUAGUGUCCAUGGCUCUUGCCCCAUGGCUAUACUUGACUUUAUCCCCUGCCAUGAUGCUCACUCCAGCCACCCAGCUCUGGGUGCCAGUGGGCCCUAUCCAUGCUUAUUUCUCUUUUAGAAAUGCCCUUCUGCCCUACAGCCUCCCUCCUCAAAGGCCCGGCCCUGAGUCGUCUUUGUACUCUGAACAGAAGCAGCCCUGUGGUAUUCUGUGACCCCACAGCACUUGGCGUCUCGCUUCUGGCUCUUGCCACUCUGGCAGGUGUAGCUGCAGCCAACUGUGUACUGUGUCGCCUCCCUCUAGACUGUGAGCUCCUCGCGGGCAGGGACCAUAUGGUCACUCUGUAUUUCUUGUGGCACCUAACAGUGCCUUGCACUUGGUAGGUGCUCAAUAAAUGUCUGUUCAAGUGAA